AUGCUUGUCCCUAACAAACAGUUGAGUCUUGGUCGCUCCCACAGUUGGGACACAUUAGGGGGGAAUGAGGGUCAGUGGGACAGGUCUGAGAGUGUCUACGAGCAGCAGGCAAGAGUAGCCGGCCGGCGGAGCUCUCUGUCAUACGGAGAGGGAGGAGGGUGGUACGAACCUCCACCAGGAGUGCGUCCCCCUGACCUGGAUUUGAAACGCGACCCGUAUUCCUACCAAGACUCUCUGUACGGACAGGUUUACGCAGAGCGACAGGAUCCACGGGGGCCGAGGAAGGGUUCUGUGCCUGAUCUUAACCAUUACGAACGAGCACCCAUGGCUCAUCGAGGAUCCAUUUCGCAUCAGGAUUACUAUCCCCAUGACCCGGCCAUGACUCCUCGCCCACCCGAGGGUUUUUACCGGCCGGAACACCAGCCUCCGCCGCCUCACCCCCACCCGCUCAGUAGGUCAGGCUCUCAUUUUGGGAUGGCACCUGGGGCUCGUGCUGUGUGGGAUCAAGGUCAGGGAGGAAGAGCGGGACCUGGAGCACCUGCAUCGCCUCUACCUCCUCCCCCUCCCCCUCCGACCGCUCAUGAGUUGAGUAGAGGUUAUAGGGAGCCUGGCGCUAUAACUGCUGCCAAAAUGACGUCAGAUGGCCAACAGCGCAUACCCUCUCGGGAGCCAUCUCCUUCACACUAUGGUAUGGAGCAUGCAUCUCCUCGGUAUGCCAGUGAGCCUCCACCCAUGACCGGUCAGUCCGUCUAUACUGAUGUUAAUGGUCGCCCAUUGGAUGCACAGCAGCAGGCUGCUACCUGUCUAGUAGUAGAUCCUGCCAGUCAAAGUAUGAUUAUGAGGCAAGAGACCGCCUCACCCUACACCGUCCAACAACAGCAGCAAUUACAGCAGCAACAACAAAUACAGCAGCAACAGUUGCAACAGCAACAUGUACAUCAGCAGCAGUUACAGCAACAGCAACUUCAGCAACAACAAAUACAGCAGCAACAACUUCAACAGCAACAAUUACAACAGCAACAGCUUCAGCAACAGCAGUUGCAGCAACAGCAACUUCAGCAAGAACAGUUGCAGCAGCAUCUGCAACAGCAACAGCCCCUGCCACCCCCACCUAGCAUGCCUUCCUCUGACCCUAACCUUUCUGCGAUGGCUCCACUUGCCCCUCCACCUGCAACAGUGCAGACCGCAGCAGUUGCUCCAAUUGCACCUGCUCUUGCGCAGGCGGCCCAAACAGUCCCUCCUCCACCAGUCACUCCACUUCCUGGUCCUCUUCCCCCCACUGCCCCACAGACGCCUUUGCCUGUGGACCACAAGAAGACAGUUGACCCUGAGUUUGUUGCCCUACUGCGGAAUGAAGGCCUCUCCGAGAGCACCAUCUCCUCACUUAUCCAACAGGGAUUUGACUCCACUAGCAUGCUGGCUGUUAUGGAGGAGAAUGAUGUCCGCACCGUUGCCCCCAACCUCGGCCAGGCUCGUGUACUGUCUCGCUUGGUCCACAACUGCAAGCGGCCCGCCGAGGCUCAGCCAGCCCCCUCCCAACCUCAAACACCCAUGAGAGGCCGCUCCAAUAGCUUUAGCCAUCGCUCAGACAUCUACCAUCACCAACAGCAGCAUCAAUCAACGCACCCCUCACAGGCUUUGACCUUGGACCCCCAAAUGAUGCACCCACAGACCCCUGGGGCCAUGCAGACCAUCUCCCCAAGGAUGGGAGAUGUAAUGGGUAGGAGGCCCAACAGUGCCCCCUCUCAGCACCUCCUGGAAGCCUCUGGAGGCUACCCAGGCCAACCACCUCGCUCCCCAGGGUCAUACGCUGGAGCACUUAUGCCUGUUCAAUCAAGACCCAUGUCAGCCUACUCUUCUGGGGUGACAAUGUCAGGGAUGCCCAUGCAUGGUAUGCAGAUGAUGCCACAGCAAAUGACUGGGUCAAUGCCUGCUAUACAAGGGUCUAUGCACUCAAUGCAAGGUAUGCCACAGCAGAUGCCGUUGUCCAUGCCAGCUUUAACACAGCCACCACAACAGGUCCCCAAAGCAUAUUCUACCAAUUACACAGUGCCUAUGGAGCUGAUGAAGAGGGACAGGAACUUAAUGCCAUUGUCACCCAUGCACAGUCCUCACCACAGUCCUCAGAUGAUGCGUAAGGGUGGGGGACCUGCACCAGACAAUGCUCUUGUCCCUAUGGGACCACCAGGCCAAGGUGCCCAGGCUGUUAACCAGAAACUAAGUCGACGCACGGGUCCACCAGUCAUCGUGUCCACUAUGGCUUCACCAGAUACAAGUAUUCGGCCCCAGAUUAUGAAUGGGCCUAUGCACCCGCGCCCCCUGGUGGCGCUGCUUGAUGGGCGCGACUGCACUGUGGAGAUGCCCAUCCUCAAAGAUCUGGCCACGGUAGCUUUCUGUGACGCCCAGUCCACACAGGAGAUACACGAAAAGGUGCUUAAUGAGGCAGUAGGGGCCAUGAUGUACCACACCAUCACCCUGACCAGAGAGGACCUGGAGAAGUUCAAGGCGCUGCGCAUCGUCAUCCGCAUCGGCAGCGGCUACGACAACAUCGACAUCAAGGCUGCCGGGGAGCUCGGCAUCGCGGUGUGUAAUAUUCCCUCAGCGGCUGUAGAAGAGACGGCCGACUCAACACUUUGUCACAUCCUCAACCUGUAUCGGCGAAACACUUGGCUGUACCAGGCUCUCCGGGAGGGCACGCGGGUCCAGAGCGUGGAGCAGAUCCGGGAGGUGGCGUCGGGGGCAGCCCGGAUCCGAGGAGAGACGCUGGGCCUCAUCGGAUUUGGUCGCUCAGGCCAGGCGGUGGCGAUGCGGGCCAAGGCGUUCGGCUUUAACGUGCUCUUCUACGACCCCUACCUCCAGGACGGCUUGGAGCGCUCUCUGGGUGUUCAGCGAGUCUACACGCUCCAGGACCUGCUCUACCAGAGCGACUGUGUCUCCCUGCACUGCAACCUGAACGAACACAACCACCACCUCAUCAACGACUUCACCAUCAAACAGAUGCGUCAGGGGGCAUUCCUGGUCAACUCGGCACGGGGAGGUCUGGUGGAUGAGAAAGCUUUGGCUCAGGCCCUGAAAGAAGGCCGGAUACGGGGAGCAGCCUUGGACGUCCACGAGUCGGAGCCUUUCAGUUUUUCCCAAGGUGCUCUGAAAGACGCCCCCAACCUGAUCUGCACACCCCACACCGCCUGGUACAGCGAGCAGGCGUCCCUGGAGAUGAGAGAGGCCGCCGCCACGGAAAUACGCAGAGCCAUCACCGGCCGUAUCCCCGACAGCCUCCGAAACUGCGUCAACAAGGAGUUCUUUGUUACCUCUGCGCCGUGGGGAAUGAUGGAGCAGCAGCAGCAGCCUCAAGUUCACCCUGAGAUGAAUGGUGCCGCCUACAGAUUCCCUCCUGGUGUGGUGGGUGUCGCCCCCGGCGGGAUUCCCGGACCCAUGGAGGGGUUGGUGCCCGGGGGAGUGCCCAUCGGCCACACCCUCCCCCCCGGUACCCAUCCGUCACAGGCCACCUCCCCCAACCAAGCCUCCAAACAUGGUGACCACCACAUGAGAGAGCACAUGACUGAGCCGUAGGACUGCUGAUGUAUCAGAGCAGGCGGCCAAAACCGACGUAAACACACACUUAAAUAAAAAAAAAAAAGUAAACAGAAACCCUACCAACUCAACCAUCCAAGUGUACGCUUGACUUCAGCCAUCUGAACCUACCAGCAGACUGCCUGCCGGGCCAACGUUUCACACCUUUUCUUUUUGUAUGAAACCACUAAGCCCAAGUGAGGACAGCGGAUGUUAUUACACACAUGAGCCGCCUCACUGAGAUGAGACUGACCAUCAAACCCCAUGCGCCGAAGAUCUGAAACCUUUCCUCCCACAUGUCUGUUUUUGUUCUUCGUUGAUUUAAGUGAUAUUUAGUUUUUAUCUUUAUUUGGGAGUAUAUUUUACUGGAGUAUCUGGCGCUGUCAAUGUCAGUUUUCCUCCUGACUUCUGGGACAUGUUGACAUUUCCACCUGCAGGAUGGAAAAUCUGACCCCAUUCCUUAGUUUAAAGGAAGAGCUUGAAGGGACAGUGACUUCAUAAACAAUCUGUCAAGCCUCCAUUUUUCCCUCCUCCCUCGUCGAUUACACCCAUUUCAGCGCAAACAUGUCUGUUACUAUUUUCUUUUCUUUUUUUUUUUUUUUUUUUUUUUUUUUUUACUUUCCUCUGUUUCUCCUAUAUUCUGUGUUUCUGUUGCAAGUGAGUAUUUGUUUUUCUGUUCUUCAGUGUGUGAAAAUGAAUGGAUUCAAAGUUAUGCGUAUGUUUAGCAGACAAGAAAAGUCAGCUGAUGACAACAGCAGCGUCUGCCAUCUCCAUCAGAAACCUGGACUCCAUCAUUGCUCAUUUCUACUCGUCGUGGUUGAUGGCCCCUGAAUGUAGAGACAAGAUGCAGAGCAGUAGAUGUGGUUUCCAGUUCCAGGAAGAUUAUUUAGGCUUAUGAGGUAAAAAUUACACUUUUAAACCAAAAAAAAAAAGGAAAAACAGACUGUAAUUUGUGGUUAGAUACUGUACAUUAAGUGUGUCACAUCAAUUAAAGAUUGCUUUUGUAACCUGUCCAACUCUGCUGAACUUAGGUACCUACAAUAUUUGGUUAUUGUCGUGAACGGUGUCCCAAAUAUUAUCUAUUUGCAUCCAAAGGACCUACAACACAGUACACUGCAGCACCAGCUAGCAAGUUGGGGAAAAACAAAAACAGUAAAUCUUUUACUGACUCAGGAAAAAAAUGAUUAACCUUCAAAUAUGUCCAAAUCUUAAAAAAAGAGAAAAAACUGGAUUAUUGCUUUUCAUGUCUCCACCUUUUUUUCCAUUGUGAUAUUUUCUUUUUGAUAUAUCAAAUGUAAGUUUUUUGAUGUUCAAGGUUUUCAGUCCUGUUAGAUUUGUACUGCCUUGUUAAAUGUUUUCUUAUAAUCAUAAUCUCAUGUGAACAGCCCCACCCUCUACUCUUUAUAGUUUCUUCCGCUUUGUUUUUCUGCUCUAAGGACGGCCAGCCGGGGCCCUCAGAGGCCUCAUCCAUCCCUUUUAGCCCAAUGAAGUUAGCAAGAGACAGCUGCUAGCAGAUUGUUUGGUUUUUAGUGUGAGUGUUUGUAUUUGUUUCUUGUACAAGGUGAACAUAUAACAUACAGUGCAGCUGAAAACAAUAAAUAAAACUUACUGUUCUGAUUGAUGAUUGGCUCUGUGGAACAUUUGUGGGAUAUAUACAUUUUUUUUCUUUUUUUACAGUUAUUUGAAAGAUGCUUCAAAGUCCUCUAAAAGGGGUUUUCAAAGUCUGACGCCGUCAAUGUCAGUUAUGUCAAAACAAUAUUUAAUGUGCAACAAACCACAAACACAACAAAGGAUUUUGUCACUCGUAUUAUUCUCUCUGACUUGUAUUUGGUAGAUAACUAUUCUCUUACUUUUGGUAAUACCCAUCAUUUUUGUUAACAGGAAGUGUAUUUGGUUAGUCAUGCUGAGUUAAUUGAGCCCUGUUUUUUUUUUUGUUGCCUAUAUUUGUUAACAGUUUGGCAAAUUUGCAUCAUUAAAAUAUGAUGGUUAGCUAUUAGCAGUUCCUGUUUGCAAUGUGACAUAAAUAUACAGACCAACCAUCACUGGAUAACUUUGAUACUGUAGAAAUCAA